CAGUACCUAAGUUUUUUAAUCUCCUCCCAAAGUAAUUUUUUCUUUUAUCACUGAGUUAUUUUUACUUGGAACUGACAUUUUUAAGAGAAGUGCAGAAGGAAUGCAUAUUUUUAGUCUUCAUGGCUCACUGAUGAAAUCCCAAAAUGCUUCUAUCCCAUCUCGAACUGCCACAGGUUACAAGAGACAGUGCAAUAUAUUGUGGUGUUGAUUUGAGAUUUAUCUGAUCCUACUGUGAGUGUCUCUGACAGACAGACAUCCCAGAAGAUGAGAAGUACUCUUUGAAAUGGAUCUUCAGGCAGCUGCAAACUUCUUGUAUCACAUUAUUAUGAUUUAAAAUAGAAGAUUUCUAGAAGAGCGAGGGUAUCUGAAGAUGUCUAACCAGAAGGGAGCAGUAGGUGCUGGGAUUUAUGGGAACUUUAGAUGGCUAAAAGUAAUGGCUUACUCUAAAACGUGUUUAGAUUCAUCCUGGUCUUAAAAUAUUUUUGAGGCAGGGCAUGUUGUAGGACACUGAGAGUCCUAUGCUAUAGGUGAGGUACCAAAAUCUCUCCCUUCCUUCAGCAAGCCACAGGACUCUCCCUAAUAAUGCUGGAAGUUAAAAUGAAUCAUUUAUGAGCAUCACUAGACACAUGGGUGGGGCUUCUUUUUAAACUGGUAUUUUGUUGAUGCAACAUGUGUGACGGCCUCUUAGUUCUGAAUAUAAAUGUUACUGAGAGGAAAUUAGGUUGGUUUGCAGAGGAGAUCUGUCAGACCUUGCAGUGCACCUUGCUGAGGACCAGAUACCUCCACCAGUACUGUGCUCAGAUACUAGUACAUGUAGAAGAAAAAUGGAAGGUGAGUGUCUUGAAACUUUACUAUUCUUUGAGUCAGGACUGAAAGCAGAAAUAAUUAAAUGAUCAAGUGUACAGACACAAAAAUUUACACAUAUUUUUGUGUAUGGCAUUAAGUCUAGGAACUGCUUGUAUGUUUGAAUGUUCUUUGUGGAGUUAGUGAGAAAGGAAAAAAAAACUUUUGGAAAAAAUUAUAAAGGAAAAAGAGAGCUAUGUAGACUUGUUGAAACAACAGCCAAUUUUGAGAAUAAGAAAUAGCAUGAAACGAAUACAUUGUAUUUCCAACAUAAAGUACUAGUUUUCAGUAUUCUUAUGCUAGAAGCAAUUAUUUCACAAUGAAUGAAGGCGAAAUGUGAAUUGUUAGAGAAAACCCAAUGAGUGAUAUUGACAGUUGGGUUUCUCCAGAAACAGAAAACCAGUAAGAGAUGUGAAAUUGAAUUACCUUUAAUAUAUUUUUCUGUGCUACUUUUGCUUAAGAAAGCAAUCACUAGCUCCUUUGUGAUCCAGUUGUGAUACCUAAAUCUGAUUAGUAAACUGUGGGCUGACUUUAGAGAGCUUCCUUGGGAAAGAUGUAAUAGCUCCACUCCCUGAUGUUCUGGUUCAACUGGAUUAAUGAGUGGAUGAAGAGUAGUUGUCUUGGUUUACAAAUGCCUCCAGAGGCCAGGCAAGGAUCAGGUUCUUUCAGGGCUCUUAUCUGCAGGAAUUCAUCGUGUGUGCCAUAAGCACUUUCUGUUCUGCCAGACCACUUUAUGUUAUGGUUGACAACUCUCAUUAAGAUACGAGAUUUUCAGUUCAAUUCUGUUGCUCUUUCUUGUCAGCAGAUAUGAUGUAUUCAUGAGCAAUAGUGAUGCAAUCCACUACUGUAUUUUUUGUUGUUGUUGCUAAUAUGCGCGUUUUUGACAUGGAUAGUGCCCAGGCCUGCAUUUGUUGCUGAUCUCUACUGAAGAGCUGAAUGACCAAUUCAUUACCACAUUUAAAUGGUUAGAUGAGAAAUGAGAUAUUUUUAUUCAAGGAAACAAAUGAGAAAAAAAAACUGCUCUUUUUUUUUUUCCCCUUCCCUACCCACCCUCCCCUCUCUAUUACUUUUAAUUAUUUUUUAAUUCAGACUGUGAUCCUGUGAAACUCCAGGGGUUUGUGUUUAAAGUGUCCUGGUCCCAUGGGCUUUACUAUGAAUCUCCUUUUAUGUGGAUACACCUUUGGUUCUAGAUGGGAAAAAUUAGUUUCCCUUAAAUGCCAACUCUGUAUUCAACUUGGAACCAUGAAGUUAGAGAAGUUGUAUUGUUAGAUUUUUCUGUAGGCAUAGCAGGACCAAACUUAACCCUUUAGAAUUAUAAUAAUAUAUAAGACUUUGUACUUCAGUAAGCCAAGUUUCCAAAACUGCUGAGAAUCUGUGGCUCCCAUUGUCUUCAAUUACAGUGAAACACUUUUGAAAAUAAAAAGAGGUAUGCAAAUAAGCAAAGAUGAACGUUGCCACCCAUCCUUCUGGCACCAGUGUCAUAAUUACUCCUAUGAAAUGACUGAUAUGCAAGCAGAAUGCCUAAGGGGGAAUCAGUCAAGAUUUUUGUCAAGCUAAUCAUAGCACUUGGGGUAGAUUAUCAGCAUUUUUUAAAUGUCACAAUUUGUGAACGUUUCGUUCUGCAUUAGGUUCCUCAAAGAGAUCUGCAAAGUUUUUAUGACUUUGGGAGUACAGAUUGAGACAUUUGCAUGGAUAUUAAACAUUGUUUACAGUUCUGUGUAGAUAUUUAUAUGUAUUUAUUUUUGUCAUAAAUCAUUUAGAGUGCCACUUUCAAAUACCUACAUUUGAUAUCAAGUCUUUAAAUUAUUCUAUUUAUAUUAUUAUUUCACUGCUUGUAUAAAAAACCUGAUCAAAUGAUAACAUGUGCAAUACUUUUACUGUCUUACUGUUGUUGAAAAGUAACUGUCUGUAGACAGUGUGUUGUAAUGUGGAGAGAAUAUUACUAUAUAAAAUCAGUUUUUCAAAUAGAGAUGCUAAGAUCAUCCCUCAGCAUCAAGAAUUUUAAUACAAUCAGGCACUAUAUAAAAGAAGUGAAACUUGUAGCACAGCUUUAAAAAUCAAAGAGACAAGUUUCCAUCUGCAAGCUAGGAAAGAGUACUUUUAUGUCUCAGUUUCAGAGUUGCUGAAUUUUGAAUGAAGUCUUGAAUGAAUUUUCUGAAAGAAUUAUCUCUGUCUUUAAUCAUUAUUUCCUCUUCAACCUAAUCUUAACUACAGACAAAGAUGGGAACUUAAUUAUAUGGGUUUUUUUCCUUUGUGUUCCUUUCUCUGUCCUGCAGUCAUUGAGCUGGGAGAUGUCGACUUGAACUGUCCUUCCAACUGUCAAAUACAUAAUACUCAUUUCUUCGGAACUGACAGACAGAUUAUAAGGAGAGGGCAAGCCUUCAGUUUUUAUGCCCAUUUCCAAAAUCGGGAAUGGGAUGACUCCGUGGACCAGGCUAUUUUCACCGUGGAGACAGGCCUCAGACCCUGUGAAUCAAAUGAGACAAAAUGUACCUUCCCAAUGGGCAGAUGUCUAGAUCAAACCUGCUGGAGUGCUUCCUACAAAAUUCAUCAGCCAAAAUGCAUCAGUAUCAGCGUGUUUCCUCCCUCCAAUGUCUGCAUUGGCCGUUAUAUUCUCAAUAUGCAAAUCACAUCUUGUGGUCACACAUAUCAGCGAUGUCUUGGAGAUUUUUAUGUCCUUUUUAACCCUUGGUGUGCAGAUGACCCUGUAUAUAUGGACAAUCAGGCCCAUAGAGAAGAAUAUGUUCUGAAUGAGCAUGGAAUACUGUAUGAAGGAGUUCACAAGCAUAUUACUUCUCGACCAUGGCACUUUGGACAGUUUGAAGAUGGGAUACUGGAUAUCUGCUUGAAGAUCUUAGAUAUGGGUGCAAGUUACCAUCACGGCUCUGAUCGUGACCACUGUUGGCGCAAUGAUCCUGUGCACGUCAGCAUGGUGGUAAAUCACAUGAUAAGCAGCCAUACCACUAACAGUAUCAUGAAGAUUCCAGAAAACAAUGAUUACCUGAAAGGAACAAAGCCUUUUUCCUGGAAUGGAAGUGUCCCUAUUCUUCAACAGUGGUACAAUGGCAGAUGCAGGCCGGUCAGAUAUGGGUACUGUGGGUCUCUUGCUUCAGUAAUGUGCACAGUGAUGAGGUGUUUGGGAAUUCCAAGCCGUGUUGUAACAAACUUCUGUUUUCCAUGCUCAAUUGAGAAUCCCCUUGGUGUCAGUGAGAUUUUUGACUGUACUGGCAAAAACCUGUGUGGCAAAGACAAGCUAUGGCGAUACCACUGCUGGAAUGAAUCUUGGAUGGCUCGCAGAGACAUAAAUCAGUGCUGUGGUGAUUGGCAGUGUCUAGAUCCAACACCUUUGGAAACUGGCAGAGGUUCAGCUUGCAGUGGUCCUACGUGGGUUCGAAGCAUCAGGGAAGGGGAACUGGACUUGGAUUAUGAUGGCCAUCAUAUGUUUUCUCGAGUAAAUUCCAACUAUGUUGGCUGGCUUUCCCAAAACAAUGGCAAAAGAACAAAAUUUUUCUGUGACACUUGGCCAUGUGGACAACGUCUAAUCACCAAGAGUAUUGGCAGUGAGCAAUUUGAAGAUAUCACUGGAGCUUACAAGUAUGAACUAGGUUCUGUGAAAAACAAAGAAGCCUUUUACCGGGCAUACAGAAGAAUUCACCCAGGGUACUGCAAUGCUUCCAACUGCCAUAUUGACAGAGAGUUAUCAUCUCUGAAAAACCCAUUUUUGAGUGACUCUGGUAUCAACAUGAGGUUAAAGAUGGCUAACUGCCCAAUGUAUGGUGAAGAUGUCCAACUGCACUGGCUGCUUGAAAAUCUGCGUAAUGAAAACAAAACCCUGAAGUUUAAUUUGUGCGCACAAAUUAUAACCUACAGUGGCUGCCCGAUGGAUCAGUUUUGGAAAGACAGUGUGAAUGUCACACUGGGUCCAAGAGAAGUGAAAAAAAUUCCACUGUGUAUAUCGUAUAAUCAAUAUGGACCUUACCUGUGUGAUCACAACAUUAUGAAAGUAGUUGCUGUCUCAGACCCAGAGUGUGGAGAAGUUCUGAUGGUGAGCAGGGAUAUUGUGAUCAACAGACCACCUGUUAUUGUAAAGCUACUGAGCCAGCCCAGAAUGAAGGUACCAUGUACUGCAGAGAUCUCCUUCUGCAAUCCUCUCCAGGAAGAUAUGAAGAACUGUGUCAUGACAUUAGAAGGCUGUGGUUUAUUCAAAGAGCCAAUGACCAUUGAUUUGGGAACACUGGCAUCCAACCAACAGGCACGGACCAUUGUGGAGUUCACACCUUAUAGGCUUGGCAGCCACCGGCUCCUGGCCAACUUUGGAUGCCAUAAGUUUGCCUACUGCAAGGGAUGUGCCAAGGCUGAAGUGUGCUGCUCUGCAGGCCAGAAUGGUGUCCUGCCUGUCAGCCAGAAUGGGUCACUCCCAGUGUGUGAGAAUGGCUCUGUCCCCGUGAAUGGCUCUGGGCCUGUCCCUGUGGCCGACCCUGCGUUCAACUCCAUGUGUGAAUAUAUAUGUAUCCCAGUGUGCAACCCAAACUGCAGUGCAGGGGGCCAGCCUGUGUACGACUUCGUGUACCUCCCUGCAGGCCAUCCCUUAUGCAACUCCAUCUGCAACCAAGGAUUCAAUCCAAGCAUCAGUUCUGGUUUUGAGAUGGGAUGCGAUCCUGGCUUCCGUGUCAUAUGCGAGACAGUGCCUCCUGCUACGUGUACUCCGGUGCCUCAAUCCAUGUAUAGCUCCAUGCCUGCCCCAACAUCCAACCCUGUGUGCACCCCUAUGCCUCAUGUGGUGUUUGAGACAGGUUCUGCUCCCACACAGUUGCCUGGAGCUGGAGGGGGGCCGAUGUCCUAUUCUGUCUCUGUCCCCGCGAACAAUGCGGUGAGUGCGUUGCUGACCCACUUCAUGGCUGGCCCCACUGUGGCAACACAGGCAGUCCCUACCCAUAUGUCUGCUCCACCAUCCUACUCUAUGUGCUCUCCUGUAGUCCACACAAUUGGCAGUCCCAUGCCAUCUGCAGCUCCCCUUUCAGUGCCUGGUGCCUCCAUAUCGCAUGUCGUCUGUGGCUCUGCACCCUCUCCCACCACCCAGCCUCCAUGUGGUCCAAUGGCCACCGUGGCCUCUCAACCCCUGAGUGCCCCAGCAGCCCACGGGGUGUGCUCCCCAAGCCCCUGCCCAGUGGCUUCCCCAGUGUCCCGCACUGCUGACCGUAGCACCACCCCAACAGGGCUGCAGAUGAGGAGCUCCCCAGCCCCCCGUCCCGUGGGACCCCCAGCAGCCCACUCACUGUGCUCUCCGGCCUCCCGCCCAGUAGGGCCCCCUGCAGCCCAUUCGCUGUGCUCCCCCAAUUCUGCCUCUCUGGGGGCUGGGGGGUCCCGCCCUGCCAGCUCUCCUGCAGCUCAACCCUUGGAGUCAUCGUCAGCAGCCUGCCUCCCGUGCCCCCCGUCCCCACGCCCCCUGUCAGCUGUCACAGCCCAGUCCCUCUAUGCCCCUACCUCUCGUUCCAUCUCCCGGUUUGUGGGCACACAGGGGUCUCGCUCGCUGUGUGGUUCUCAGUGGGGCCCCUCCUGUGACACCACCACUCGCUCGGGCUCCCAAUCCAUGUGGGGUCUCACCUCCAGAUCAUUGUGGAGCCCCGAGGGGCGCUCAGGCUAUUCCUCGUCCCGCACCGCCUAUGGCACCCUCACACGCCCUCCGUACAGCUCCUUGUCCCGCUCCUCCUACAACACCUUGUCCCGCUCUGCCUACAGCACCCUACCUCGCUCCACCUCUCCCUCUCCUUAUGCCACCCUGACCCGCUCUGGGUCAUGCCCCUCUGGCAGCACCCUGGCCCUAGCAGGGUCCCGCAGACCCUGGAGCCCCGGGAGGAGCACUCUCACCUAUUUCAAACGCAAAUACCUGUAAUGGAGAGUAACCUGGGAAAAUGCAAAGCCGGUGAGUUAAAGCAGGUGUGCAGACACUUUGAAAGAGGUUAGAAAUAGGGUGAUGGAGAGCAGCAUGCAUAGUCCUGAGUAUUUAUUUAAGGAUUUGAGAUGUACCAGAAAAUGGGCUGCAAGACAACUGCUGAGGGAUGCAUUCAUGUGAUACUUGCAUGUCUUGAGAUAUGGUAGGUGGAAGUGACAAAUGAACGUGCUCCCCGUGGAGCUGUCAUGACAAUAGCUGCACAGUGCAGGUAAUCAGACUUCCUUGCUCAGUCAAGCUGUUUUAUAGAUGAUGUGCUUUCCACUCUCUCUCCUCUUGAUUUCUUGCAAUGUGUAUUUCUCAGAUCCUCCUAAGCUACAGCACUUAUAGCAAAUCUCUCUCCCUGCAUGAAAUGUACUGUCCUUGGGAUGUUGCAAAGAAGUGGCAGCAGAUGUACCUUAAGUCCUGCCUAAUAGACACUGUGUCCCUGAGCCCCAGUGUUGUAGCUCAGACCAGUUCUGGGUGCACUCAUAUUUCCCUGUUUGUGAGGCAAUGAAAACUGUGGAGGUUGUGGAGUAACUAAAUCAUUACAAAUCAACUGAAGAGUUUAAUUGCUUCUUUUUCCUUUUUUUUUUUUUUUUUUUUAAUAAUAAGUUUAGUAUUACUACUCUUGAUGUGUUACAGUUCCAGUAUCAGGAAUCAAAAAACCUAUUGAAUAAUAAUUACCAAUUUAUUGGCUUUCACAACUGAAUGUUUUUCAUGUGUUUCAUAUUCCAAAAAAUUUCUCAUAUACAUUGUAUGCAUUUAGGUUUAUGGGAAAAGCUUUAAUUCCACAGCUGUGCCUUUUUGAUUCAGUACAGCUGGGAAACUUCUGUCACUAGACCUGAAUUAGAGAAGGAUAGAUGACUUUAUCCUUUGUUUCCAACACCUGGACUUCCUAACUCGAAAGGUUAAGUAGGUGAAUGGAAAUGUAUCUUCUUCAGAUGACUGGUACUGUUUUAGUGCUAACCUUCUCCAGGUGUUUUAGUAGUUGAAAUUAUAUAUUCUCAUAAUGAAACUGUUCCUUAAUUUUGGAUUUGCUCACAAGAAUUUUGGAUUUACUGACAUCUCCCAUCACUCCCUUAUUUUCCUUUAGUAUUCCAUUAUUUCUACUAGCAGGUGUUUGUGGGGUUUUGUGGUAAGAUAAUUUUGCUGGUGCUGCAGAAUCUUCAGUUAUGUAGCAAUAAUUUUUCAGUAGUAUCACUGUAGUUCGUGCCCCUAUGUGAUGAGACUGAGUAACCUUCUGAGGAUAUUGAAAAAGUGUGGUGUCAGAUUGUAGCUAUGAACAUGCCAACACUAUCAACUGCAUAGUAAUUCUGAGUAUGGUAGAAGAAAUAUUUACCUGAAUAUUGUAGUAGAGUUGUCAUAAUUCAAUGACUUGGGUUUUUUUACACAGUUUCAAUAGUCUCUUUUAGGUAUGUGCUGAGAAUUUCUUUGCCUUAUUGACAAUAAAAAUGGAAAUUUAAAAAACACCUGUCACUCUGCUGUUUUGAUUUCUUUUUUUUCAGUAAUACCUCUUGAAAAAUAAGGAAUAAAUCUCUUCAUCUGAACUAGUAUGUGAAGUCUCCUCUCCACUCCAUUUCUGUU